CUAGAAUGUUGGAUGAGAAAAAGAUAGCGAUUGAUGGGGUAAAGCCUUGACUUCAUCAUUUUUUCUAAUAUUUUUUAUACAUGAGUGCGUACUUGACGUAGUAUCUUACUGUGAAGAGAUUCACAGUCAUAAUGCUAGCCAUUGUGCUCUAUUAUACUGCCGUCUAUUGUAAAACAAAGCCUAAAAACUUCUUUUGAUUACUAAUAUGAUAGCUCUCUUGGUUUUUUGCAUUAUCCUGGUAAUCUUUUUUUGGCUCCAAUAAUUAAACCAUCAUUUACAGACUAAUAGCCGAGCAUAGCUACGGUACUUGGUAUAUCCGUCUUCCCUUCCAUCGAGAAAAUCCGGAAGUUCGUCGAGAGUAUUCGCAUAAGUGCUAUUGUGCGAGGGUAUAUAUUAGUAUUAGUUAGUACGGUCUGAGUUCUUCUCUUUGUCACGCCUCCAAGCUUGGCCUUUUAUCUUUCUUCCAUUUCUCGUUGUUAAACAAAGAAACCAAACCAUGGGAAUCAGAAUGAAAGCAACCCGUAUGCUCGACAAUUUGCCGAUAAGGCCUGGUUUAUUUACGCAAUCGCUACCAGCAGACGUUUAUACGGAAUCGAUUGACGAAUCAACGCCUCGUUCGGACAGCAAGCUUAAAAUCUCGCGUGCUGUCCACAAUGCUGCGUUUUCAUACACGUUACCAGAUCACAAUCCAGAUCCUGAGCUAUUAGCAGUGUCUACGAAAGCCUUGGACGAAAUUGAACUUGAUCCCGAAGCGAUCCAUACCGAUGAAUUCCUUCAAGUGUUUUCUGGAAACAAAAUACUCGAGAAUACCCGCCCGUAUUCCGCUAUCUAUGGAGGGCAUCAAUUUGGAAUUUAUGCAGGCCAACUCGGGGACGGUCGAGCCAUCUCCUUAUUUGAAACAGAGAAUAGCAGUGGCGAGCGUUGGGAAUUACAACUCAAGGGUGCUGGUCGUACACCCUACGCUCGUAAUGGCGAUGGUUAUGCUGUCUUGAGAUCCAGUAUCCGCGAGUUCUUGAUGUCCGAGCAUAUGCAUGCUUUGGGUGUUCCCACCACCCGUGCCUUAGCGCUUAUUGGAACCUCGCGAGAAAUAUUCAGAGAUGAUGCUCUUCCAGAUGAGAAACAGCCUGAACUUGGUGCUAUUGUUACCAGAAUGUCCCCAUCAUGGAUGCGCUUUGGCAGUUUUGAAAUCUUUUAUUCUCGUGAUGACAUGAUUAACUUGCGCAAGCUUGCUGAUUUUGCAAUUGAACAUGUCGUCAAAGAAGAAGAGGACUAUAAGCCAUCAAGCGCAGAUGGUAACAGAUACAUGCGUUUCUUGCGUCGAGUCGCAAAGAAAACAGCCAAAAUGGUUGCAGAGUGGCAAGCAAUUGGAUUCAAUCAUGGUGUAAUGAAUACCGACAACAUGUCAAUUCUAGGCCUUACGAUCGAUUACGGACCCUAUGCAAUGAUGGACUUUUAUACUCCUGCCAAUGUAUGCAACCACUCUGACACGGCUGGCCAAUAUGCCUUUAAGCGUCAGCCCACUGUCUGCAUCUUUGAUCUAUUUAAGUUUGCCGUGCCACUAUUUGAGCUUAUUGGUGCAGAAGACAAAGUCGAUUCGCUUGUCUUUCCCCCCAUCAAUAACAACAGCAACAACAGUGGCGACAGCAACAAUGAGACCGUGGUGACUGAUGCAGUCACGCGAAGACAAUAUCGUGAAGUAGGCAAAAACGCAGUGACCAAAGUCCUCAGCGAGGAAUUCUCGGACUGGUUUAUGGAACAUCUUUUAUGGCGCAUGCGCUUAAAGCUCGGUCUCAAGCCGCGCGACGAAUUGGCGAGUGACAUGAACGAUGUUGUGAUUCCCCUGUUGGACUGGAUGAAUGAGUACGAUAUUGACCACCAUCGCUUUUUCCGCUCGUUAUCAACAUACCAAGUGACGAAUGCGGGCGAGGAUAAGGAUGCCGAAACGCACGGUAUCCAAGUUGUGCCACGCGAUGCGGCAAAGGCAGGAGAAAGCAAGGAAGCACUCAAGCCCUGGUUGGCCAUUUACCGCCAUCGUCUUUUGCAGGACGGUGAUCAGCCAGAUAAUGCCGAUCGUCAGCGGCGCAUGAAUUCUGUAAAUCCGCGCUUUGUGCUUCGAAACUGGAUUGCUCAGGAAGUCAUCGAAGCAUUCGAAAACAAAGAUGAGAAAGAAGCCAAGAAAAUACUUCAGUCGUGUUUGACGGCUUGCACACAUCCUUUCAAAGAACAGUAUGAUGACCAGUUGAUCGAACAUUGGGUGACUGACCCUGUUCCUGAGUGGGGUCGAGACCUCAAGUGUUCUUGCAGCUCAUAAUAAAAGAAUAGCAAAAGAGAGGCGAGAUAAUAAAUCAAGAAAUAAUACAUAA